UCUACCCACUUCUCCCCUAGCAAUGAAGGUAAAGGCUUAUCAAAUCCGAAGCAAGUCCGAGAAGGAGCUUCUCACUGAUCUCGACGAGCUCAAGCAGAAGCUCGUUUCUUUGAGGGUCUCCAAGGCUCUUUCCAGCACUGCCGGCAAGGUUGCUGAGAUCAGGACUGUUCGCAAGAACAUCGCCCGUACCUUGACUGUCUACAACCAGGCCAGGAAGGAUGCCGCUCGCGCUUCCUUCGCUGGUAAGAAGUACGUGCCCUUGGAUCUCCGCUCCAAGCUCACCCGUGCUAAGCGUCGUGCUCUUACCCCUGCCCAGUACAACAAGAAGACCGCUAAGGAGCAAACCCGCAAGGCCAACUUCCCCAUGAGGAAGUACGCCGUCGCUGCCUAAAUUGCUUUUCUUCGGAGGAGAGGUUGAACGGCACCAACGGUGGGAACUGCUGGUUUGUGUCGUUGCAUUGUGCGAUAUCACUUCCCUGUUGUUUCUAUUGAUAUGUGGGACCGGAGGGUAGAG